CACGUACCCAUGUCAUGUAAUUUUUGAAGCUGCCCUGUAACCGUACCCUAAUCGUGCAAGAGGGGUUGAAGGGAGUGAAGUGACCAAAGGGACGACCGGACGAGUCCCUGACAUCUGACGAUUACCGAGCGCCACCAAGCCUCGACGCCAGUCGCUGGAAUCGAGUGAACGGAGAGGCCUGGAGGGAGACACCGGUACACCGCUGAGGCGCUGACCCGCGACUGCUGAUUCCGCUGAGGAAUUGUCAAAUUUAGGUUGCGUUAUGCGUACAGCAGUGAAGUUUGUUAGACAACACUCUCCAAUUGUCUGAUGAUCAAUGUGUUAAAAUGUCAGAUAUCAGAAAGUGGUUCAUAAAGAAACAUGAUUCUGGAAAUGGCAGUGCAUCCAACUCAGUGAAGCCCACUGCAUCAGAUAAACCUUCUCCUGACUCUUCAAAGCCAGAGAAAUUGUGCGGAUAUGAAAGUUCGGGGAGAAGGAAAACUAGUAAGUACUUUGCGAAGGAUAAGGUGAAGGAUGAAAAGGAGGUUGUGAAAUCCAAGAGAAAGGCUCAUACUGACAGUGAAGAGUUUUCCGGACAUGGUAUGCCACCUCCUGCUAAGAAAGCUCACAAGGCUGUGGAUGAUGAUGAUUUUGUCUCACCUAUUGCUGGGAAGUGUCCUGUUGACAUCACCCAUAGCAAAAAGUCCAAAAGUGGAUCUGGGCAGGGUCUUCCUCAGAAAGCUAUAGAUUAUAACAACAACGAUGAUGAUGGUGGAAACGGCAGUGAGGACACCACACCUAACAACAAGUCUAGUGGAAGGGCACGUGGUGGAAAAAGUACAGUAGCAGGGCUUGCAACUGUGAGGAAAAUGGCUGCUGAUAAUAGUGACGUUGAACCUGAUGAAAAGGUCACUAAACCUCCAAAGUCUGGUGGACGAGGUCGUGGUGGAGGAGCUGCUGCAACUGCGGCCAGUGCAGGAGGCAGAGGGGGAGGAGGACGGGGUGGAUUCAUGAACUUCGGUGAAAGGAAAGAUCCUCCUCACAAAGGAGAGAAGGAAGUCCCUGAGGGUGCUCCAGACUGUUUAGCUGGAUUGACUUUUGUCAUUUCUGGGACACUAGACAGUUUGGAAAGAGAAGAAGCUGAGGAUUUGAUAAAGCGGCAUGGUGGUCGUGUUACUGGAUCUAUUAGCAAAAAAACGAAUUAUCUUCUCUGCGAUGAAGACAUUGGUGGGCGGAAAUCUGCAAAGGCCAAAGAGCUUGGCACUACCUUUUUGACUGAAGAUGGAUUGUUUGUCAUGAUCCGUGCAUCAAAAAUAUCGAAUACAAAACAAGAACCAAAGAAACCUAAAGAUGAGAUUUGUCAAUCUCCAAAGAAAGAGAGCCACCUAAAGCCAGAACCUAAGAAAAGUGUAGCUACCAAAGAACCGAUCAAGGUCACCUCUCCUGUCAAGAGAAAAAAUCAUUCUUUAAAGGAUGCGUGUUUGCCAUGGACAGAAAAAUACAGGCCAAAGAAGCCAGAUGAAUUAGUGGGAAACCAGUCAUUGGUAAAACAGCUUGAAGAUUGGCUUACACAUUGGAAUGAGCAGUUCCUGAAGAGUAGCAAGGGGACAGGGAAAUCAAAUAAACAGAAUGAUGGUGCUAAAAGAGCAGUUUUAUUAAGCGGAACACCUGGUAUAGGUAAGACUACAUCUGCAAAGUUGAUCACUCAGAAGCUGGGGUUCCAAGCUGUGGAGGUUAAUGCUAGUGACAACCGUGGAAAAGCUGAUUCCAAAAUUGUGAAGGGUAUCGGUGGAAGUACAGCUAAUUCUAUAAAAGAACUUGUCAGCAACGAAUCUCUUUGUGUCAAAGCAGCCCGCUCUCCACAUUCAAAGACAGUUCUGAUAAUGGAUGAGGUUGAUGGAAUGUCUGGUGGAGAUAGAGGUGGUGUGGCUGAUCUUAUUGCUAGUAUUAAAACCUCCAAAAUACCUAUAAUCUGCAUUUGUAAUGACCGCUACAGCCAGAAGCUAAAGAGCCUAGUCAACUACUGUUUACUACUUAGCUUCAGGAAACCCACAAAGCAACAGAUGGGAAAGAGGUUAUUACAGAUUGCAAGUGCUGAGGGACUUCAAGUUAAUCAGAUUGCGCUUGAGGAGUUGGGAGAACGGGUAAAUGGCGACAUGCGCAUGGCACUGAACCAAUUACAGUAUCUGUCUCUUUCCAAGUCUGUAAUCAGCUAUGAUGAUAUACGCCAGCGCCUCCAAACUAGCUCAAAGGAUGAAGACAUGUCACCUUUUACAGCAGUUGAUAAGUUGCUUGGUUUUAAUGGGGGGAAGAUGAAGAUAGAUGAGCGCAUCGGCUUGUGCAUGAGUGAUCCUGAUCUCGUACCUCUCAUUAUUCAGGAGAAUUAUAUCAAUUACCGUCCAAACUCCAUUUCUGGUGGUAAAGAUGAUAAUGGAUUGAAAAGGAUGAACCUACUCGCCCGUGCCGCUGAGUCUAUUGCUGAUGGUGAUAUAGUCAAUGUACAAAUUAGAAGAUAUCAACAGUGGCAGCUUGCACAAAUGGGCUCCUUGGCGUCAUCAAUAAUGCCUGCUGCUUUGCUGCAUGGGCAAAGAGAAAUACUGGAGCAGGGUGAGCGCAACUACAAUAGGUUUGGCGGCUGGUUGGGAAAGAACUCUACAAUGGGAAAGAAUUUUCGACUUCUAGAGGACUUGCGUUUUCAUGUGUUAGCAUCCUCUGAAUCUAACUUGGAGAGGCGAGCUUUGAGACUUGACUGCAUGACUCUUAUUUGUAAGAAAAUGACUGAUCCUCUAAGAACAAUGGCAAAGGAUGAAGCUGUUGAGAAGGUUGUGGCUUUCAUGGAUUCGUACUCAAUAACCCAGGAUGACUUUGACAGUAUUGUCGAGAUUUCCAAAUUUCAGGGGCAUUCAAGUCCAAUGGAUGGAGUACUGCCAGCUGUGAAAGCUGCACUAACAAAAGUGUAUAAUAAAGGAAGCAGAUCCCGUUUGGUUCGAACCGCCGAUUUAAUAACCCUUCCCGGGUUAAAGAAGGCGCCCAAGAAGCGGGUUGCUGCAAUGCUGGAACCAAUUGAUGAAAACUUAGCAGAAGACAAUGAAGAUGUACUGCAAGAAGAUAAAGGAAAUUCAGAUGCAGGGGAAGAUGAUGAUGUACUUGAUCCGGAAAAAAAGCUUCAGUUGGAUUUCCAAAUUCUGAACUCAAAGGGUAUCCAAGUUAACAUGGACUUCAAGGUUUCGGGCUCGGUGACGAAGAUGGCUCCGGCAGGAGCACGAAGAGGAAAAGUAACUGCUGGCAAAGCUGCAGAAAAAAUCAGUGGCUCCAAAAGAAAGAAGUGAACUAACCGUGUUAUUUUUGAACGAUGCUUUUGAGUAAACAACCCCACAAACAGCAUUUCCUAAACAUGUUUUUGAACAAUGUAAUUGGUGAGAGUUAACCCUCUUAUUUUUGGAUUGCUGAUUAUGAGUUUUGUUUUCACCGAGGACUAUUAGCAUGUCUUCUUUACAUCAUUAUUGUUUUUGUGGUUGGUUGGUCACUUGCUAGGACUAGG